UGUGUCCAGUAUCUUGCAAGGCCUCAAGUUGUGACGCAUUUCAUAGAGGUAACAGUGGUCAGGCCCCCUGCUCUCAUUUCUACACCCAUUGUCCGCAGAGAAAGUCAGCAGCACCUUAAGAUUUUCACUCAUAGAGUGGGGGAAAAAAAUCACAUUUAUUAAUUAAUGCGACCACUACUUUUCCACCAAUAUCUAACCUCUAGAUUCAACACUGAGGAGUAACACAGAGGAAGAGUCUGCAGUGCCUGCAGGAUCACACUCGGCCAUUGGACAAAAGAAUUAAUACCAACCAUGACAACCAAGAUGGAAAUACUUGAUCCCUCAACUCUCUCAGACACCGCCUCUGCUGUCACCUACAACUCCAAAUCUGAGACAUUGACCUUACCGGGAGGCCUCACCUCAGUGGCAGGCAUCACCGUGGUGACCGGGGGUGCCGAACUGUCCUGUGGUACCUGCAUGCUGGCCUUCUGUUUUUGGAAAACUCUCAUCGGAUUCAGUUGUGUCGCUGUGGGCCUGUGGGACCAACUGAACCACACGAGAAAAGGGACGACGUCUCACUUACUAGGACUGGGACUUGUGAUUCUGGCUCUCAGUUUCGUGGUCGUGGGAAGCAUAGUGGCGUACGAACUCCUGACAAGGAAGAAGAGAGAAAUGACACGGGAGCAGAGGGAGGAUGGAAAGGAAGUGCUUGUAGAGAGUGGCAGGGUCAUUAAAAAAGUCACGGUAUAAAAAUGACAUUGAUUACCGAAUAUAAGAUAAACUGAUGAAAAGUAUGUUUUUUUCUCUAAAUUCUGUGGAAAUGAAGCGUAACAUAUUCCCUCAAAGUUACUCAUCUACUAAUAACAAAUCAACUAAUCUACUCAUUGACAUUAAGGACACUUUUUGUAAUUUUUACUCUAAACAGCUGUAAUUACUUUGAUGAUCAAGAUACACACAAAACACAAGUAUAUCUUAUGAAAUGUGUAAGAUUUUACCUAUUUUUGUACAAUUUGUAUAAUCUGUUAUAGAACUGCUAUAGAAUAAGCUACUCAUCCAGUUUUAACAUCUUAUAAAUUAAUACAUAAUCCAGUAAUAUAAUAUAACAUUCAAGGAGACAUUCUGCUGCCUGAUAAGUAAUUUCACUUUUAAUACUUUAAGUACAUCCUGCUAAAGCUACUUGUGUUCUUCAACUUAAGCAAAAGGGUGAAUCCAAGACAUUUACUCAUAGUAUGGUGUUUUAUUUUAAGGUAUUGAUACUUUUUUUUUCUUUACUAAUGAUUUUGUUUUACGACUGUCACCUUUUACAACUUUUGCAUGUAAAAGUAAAAAAAAAUAGAAGUGACAGAUCAUGUAAAGUAUCAAAUAAAUGGACUUAAUGUGAGACGUGUAUGUUUCUGUGACAGGAAAAUGAAAAAGAGAGGGAAAGACAAAGAACUGAGGAUAUCACACAAUCGUCACUGCCAAGAGUUAUCACACCAAGUGAAUAAAAACAGUUGGCAUAGAGAUGUGUUAGAUUAAUCGGAAUGUAAGGUUAUUAUUAAGAGUUAUCAAAACAUUUUGUUCACGGUGAUUUAUUUCGCAACACUUUUUCUUCUAUGUCUGUAGGUGGAUAUGAGUGAGCAAAAACAUCUUUCCAGUGAUGUCCAGUAAUACGCAUUAUUGUUUUUGUUGUUGUUGUUGUUCUUUUACUAUAAGUUUCCACUGAAUCUGUAAAAGUAACAAACACAACAAAUGCAAUUAUAGUGGUAACAAAUUAGAAAAAGAUAAGAUACUAUAAACUAAACUAAAGUUAGGCCAAUAGUAGCCUACUAAUUAAGCUUGGUUUGCACUAAACCGAAAAAACUAAUUUAAUAGAAAAGAAACCAGAGUGAAAAUUAUGUUCAGCUUGAACCAACUGCUGAAGGCAGAAUUACUUCUGCACAUAAAACUGACUCUACGAGGCUCAUUAGAAAUACAUAGAAAUAAAAUGAUCUUUGUUUGUCUCCAUGAAAAUGCUUGCUCUGUAAUGAAUACAUGAAGAAGUAACAAAUGCAGUAAGCAGGACAGGAUCAUAUCUCCAGUGGCUGCUGAGUGCAAGCCAACAACAACAAAAAGCAACAUCAUCAACAGAAAUCAAAGAUCAGAGAGGGGGAGAUGUGUUAGUACCUCCAUCUGCUGGGAGAAACACAAACUGUACUUCAUCCAGUGACAUUCCUCCGGUGCUUUAACAGUAAAUGUAGUGUCACGCUGUGAGAAAAAGGAAACCUCAACUUCUGUCUAAGCUGUUUUCAUAUUAAUUAUCACAAUAAAACAAUUGUAUCAUGACAUCUGAA